AUGGACGGACAGGACACUGGCGCUCUACCAAAGCCCAAGCCCAAGCCAAAAAGGUUCAUUCCGGUGCCCCCGGAGUACCGUCGCCUCACUCAUACUACAGAACGCGAGCUCAUCGUCAACGAGAUCAAGAUCAACACUGGCUGCGAUGUCAUCCCCAAAUGGGACGCUGGGUAUAUCACUCAGUUCGCCAUUGCUGGACAAGGUGCAGGCGUUGAGAAGGCCGUCCGAUACAUCAACCACUGGAUUUCUAACGCGCAUAUCAAGUCAAAAGACUCAUCAUCAUGGGCGAAGACACCUGCAUUCGAUCAUAACAAAUGGUACUACGACAGCAUUGAAGAGCGGGAGCGUCAGCGGAAGGAAGAAUUCAAGGGCAAGGCGCCUGAGGUAUCAAAAGGCGACAUGCCACUGGCGAGCAUCAUCGUGUGCUGGCCGGAGGACCUCCUCAACGAAGGCGUCACUCCUCGCGAUGUCUUCAAUAACAAGCUAGAAGCGCUUAACGCCAUUCGGACUCAGAACGAGGUCUUCCGCAAUGAGAUCAUGCACUUCACGCAGCUUUCAAAGAUCCAGCAUUCAAUUCAGCUGGCCCUUGAAGCUGUGCGCCACACGAAAGGCGCGUACGAUAUGGCUAUUCGGCUAGGGUGCCUGGCUCUGAGCUCAAGACAUAUCAAGGAGGAUAAGAUUGGCCAGAAGUUCGGGAAGGAUAUCUUCUUGAAGUCGAUUAACGGACCUGUUGCAGUUGAGAUAAAGAAGUGGCUUGCUGAUGAUGCACUGGGCUCGCAAAUUCUGGGAGCACUCUGCAUGGCCGAUGAAUUCCUGGAGCCGACGAAGUCUUCUGCCUACUUCGGUUAUACGCCAAAAUCGCUGCAAGGCACUCGUCCAAUGUUCCGAGGAACGUGGGUGUUCACAGACCCCAGCAGCGUUGUUGCUCCACCGCGUGAGCCGGUAGCUGUGCGCCAUGCUGGACGUCCUAAAGCGCCUCCCCAAGCUCCUGCUAGUACAACCACUCCAUCCGCAGCGCCGCAGUCCGAACUCAUCGUUGUUCAGGUCGACUGGACUGAUGACGAAGAGGGCUUGUACGAGAAGACAACAACCCGGUUCUACAAAAUCGAUCAGGGUCGUAAAACACCAAAGAAGAACAUGGAUAUCAAUCUGCUGGAGCUUGGAGAGAGUCGAGGAUGGCACUUCGCCCUUGAGUCCUUGAUUCCUGUGGCAGCGAAGAGCAUAUCGCCUGUCAUAACUGGCUUCGCUGAUCGAGUCAAGAUGAGACCCAACCACGAUUAUCGUUCCACCGAAAGCUUCGCUGAGUGGGAUCAGACACCUACCGUCAAGAAGCACCUACGGAACGGCCGUCUGGAAACUAUAUACUCCUUCGGCAUCAAGCAGACCUGCUACAAGGUUGAGGCUACUUGCAUGUGGUACCCAGGACAGAGACUUCCCGUCUGGGGUCUCUGUGUCCGCCACUCUGAAUGGGCUACCCAUCUUGCUGAGCUUGAGCGUCUCCCUGUGGGUCGAAAGGCCGACUGGGGUCACACUGUGGCUACCUUCCUGCCAGAUGACGGACAGUCUUGCUACUCCAGCGCGGUUGAGGACGAGGACUUCGGAAUGAGGAACCUCGAUCUGGGCCCUGGCGUUGAAGCACCACCACGCGAUGGUAUCCGCAUCCUCAUGGACAAGCUGCUUCAGCUAUCAGCCAUCGUCAGUUCUGUCACAGACAUGGGAGGCGUCGCUAUCUAA